GCUCCUCCGGAAGCCGGGAGCGCCGGCCCUGCGGGGCGGGGAGCUCCGGGGCCUUCCGGGAACGUCGCGAGGAACCUCGGCUUUGUCUCCCGCCCCACCGCGGCGCGGGGAUUCCGGGGUCCGCGGAGGCGCCUCUGCUCCGCGCCUCGGGCUUCGGGCCGCCGCCGCCAGCAUGUCUGGAGUCCGCGCCGUGCGCAUCAGCAUCGAGUCGGCCUGCGAGAAGCAGGUCCAGGAGGUGGGCCUGGAUGGCACCGAGACGUACCUGCAGCCGCUGUCCAUGUCGCAGAACCUGGCGCGCCUGGCGCAGCGGAUCGACUUCAGCCAGGGCUCGGGCUCCGAGGAGGAGGAGGCGGCGGGCGCCGACGGCGACGCGCAGGACUGGGCGGCCGGCGGCUCCAGCGCGGACCAGGACGACGAGGAAGGAUUGGUGAAAUUUCAACCUUCCCUUUGGCCUUGGGACUCAGUGAGGAACAAUUUGAGAAGUGCCCUGACAGAGAUGUGUGUUCUCUACGAUGUCCUCAGUAUUGUGAGGGAUAAAAAAUUUAUGACUCUUGAUCCUGUCUCUCAGGAUGCACUUCCUCCAAAACAGAAUCCUCAGACACUGCAGUUGAUUUCUAAAAAGAAGUCACUCGCUGGAGCAGCGCAGAUCCUGCUAAAAGGGGCAGAAAGACUGACCAAAUCAGUUACUGAAAACCAAGAAAAUAAGCUGCAAAGAGACUUCAACUCUGAGCUUUUGCGAUUACGGCAACAUUGGAAACUCAGAAAAGUGGGGGAUAAAAUUCUUGGAGAUCUGAGCUACAGAAGUGCAGGAUCUCUCUUUCCCCAUCAUGGUACAUUUGAAGUAAUAAAGAAUACAGAUAUUGAUCUGGAUAAGAAGAUACCUGAAGAUUACUGUCCUCUUGAUGUUCAAAUUCCUAGUGAUUUAGAAGGGUCUGCCUAUAUCAAGGUUUCAAUACAAAAACAGGCUCCGGACAUAGGUGAUCUGGGCACAGUCAACCUCUUCAAACGACCUUUUCCCAAAUCCAAACCAGGUUCCCCACAUUGGCAGACAAAAUUAGAAGCAGCACAAAAUGUUCUCUUGUGUAAAGAAAUUUUUGCCCAGCUCUCCCGAGAAGCUGUUCAAAUUAAGUCACAGAUCCCUCACAUUGUGGUGAAAAACCAGAUUAUCUCUCAACCCUUCCCAAGCUUACAGUUACUGAUUUCUUUGUGCCAUUCCUCAAAUGAUAAGAAAUCCCAAAAAUCUGCUACUGAGAAGCAAAGUCCAGAGGACCAUCUUUAUGUCUUAGAGCAUAAUUUGCAUCUACUAAUUAGAGAGUUUCAUAAACAGACCUUGAGUUCCAUCAUGAUGCCCCAUCCAGCAAGCGCACCUUUUGGUCACAAGAGAAUGAGACUUUCAGGUCCUCAAGCUUUUGAUAAAAAUGAAAUUAAUUCACUACAAUCCAGUGAAGGGCUUCUGGAAAAAAUAAUUAAACAAGCAAAGCAUAUUUUCCUGAGGAGCAGGACUGCUGCGACCAUUGACAGCUUAGCAAGUCGCAUUGAGGACCCUCAGAUACAGGCACACUGGUCGAAUAUUAAUGAUGUUUAUGAGUCUAGUGUGAAGGUUUUAAUCACAUCACAAGGUUAUGAACAGAUAUGCAAGUCCAUUCAGCUGCAGUUAAAUGUCGGAAUUGAGCAGAUCCGAGUGGUACACAGAGAUGGAAGAGUGAUUGCAUUGUCUCAUCAGGAGCAGGAGCUCCAGGAUUUCCUUCUGUCCCAGAUGUCACAGCAUCAGGUGCAUGCAGUUCAGCAGCUCGCCAAGGUUAUGGGCUGGCAGGUGCUCAGCUUCAGUAACCAUGUGGGACUUGGGCCCAUAGAGAGCAUCGGCAAUGCGUCUGCCAUCACGGUGGCUUCCCCGAGUGGCGACUAUGCUAUUUCAGUUCGUAACGGCCCUGAAAGUGGCAGCAAGAUCAUGGUUCAGUUUCCCCGUAACCAGUGUAAAGAUCUUCCCAAAAGUGAUGUUUUACAAGAUAGCAAAUGGAAUCAUCUUCGUGGACCAUUCAAAGAAGUUCAGUGGAAUAAAAUGGAAGGUCGAAACUUUGUUUAUAAAAUGGAGCUGCUUAUGUCUGCACUUAGCCCUUGCCUGCUAUGAUUUUUGUUUCCAGAACAGUUUCUAGAUUAUUUUUUUCCAGAGAAUUUUCCAGAAAUGGACAUGCAAAGAUGAACUUUAAGCACAAGGAGAAAUUUUCCAAAGGAGUAUUGUUUUAAAAAAAAAUAAUGAGCAAAUGUUUACCUGGCAUUUUGAAAGCUUUCACUUUAUAAGUGACAAGUGCUUUGAAAUGCAGAGGCUUAUGUACAGAUAUAUAUGGUGUGGGAAGACACAAAGCAACUUUUUUAUGCAAUUAACUUGAAAUGUUACUAAUUUAUGGGUUUGAAUUCAACUUUUUAAAUAUUCCUUUGAUGUUGACAUCAAAUAAAGCAUAUGGUUAAAAAUUCCAGAUA